CAUGAAUACAAACUGGAUGUGGAGAAUGAAUCUAUUCCCCCAGGUACCACUAACUCUUUUUUUCUUGUUUCAACUUUUUUUUCUUCUAAAUACAGGUGCGUCAGAUUUUUAAGAUUUGCAUGUAUUUUUAUUUUUGUAAUUUUAAAAUUCCAAAAUGUUUUCUUUCUACAUCAAAUAUUUCUUUGUGGUAUACAUAAUUUAAUAGAAUAUCAUGAUGAGAUGCAAAGCAUGAUAAAAUUCAUUGUUCUUCAGGAAACAUGAAACAACUGUCCUAAACUCUUUUUUUAAUAUUUGUUCACAAACUUCCUGGAUUAAUUGUAAAAUAUUUUCUUCUUUUCAGAUGAGGAAAACAAAAAAUUACUUUCAGGUAAGUCUACCAAAGCUGUCUGCAUUUUAUGUUGCCAAAUGGCUGAACAGUUGGCUCCAAAAGUUUGGGUUGGAGGUUGACAUCUAUACGGUACUGUUACAUCUAAAUGUUUUAAAAUAGAUUAGCUUGCCCUUGGAUACCUUCCACUUUUUCCGCUUCCAGGGAGUUCCUGAUUCCUGUUUGAUUUUUCUAAACUCAAUUCAAGUAAGUUGAGGGCUAAUUUAAAUAGGCCCAAUAAUAUAAUUUCUUUCAAAAUAGAACACUUACAAUCUGAAUAAUUUAUUUACUUUCAUUUCAUGGAAUCGUUAUCCUAUCCAUGUUAACUUAGCCAAACGACAUCUUCAGCAACUUUUAUGAAAGUGUAACAAUCUCUUUUGCUCUUUUCUCCCAGAAAUUUAUUUUUUUCUUAACUGUCGCACCCCAUAGUGAGAUGAUUGAGGGCCGUCAUAAAACACAAUUUAGAACAAGCGACUACAUAAGUUUAAUUAAUUUUUAAAAUGCCACAUCAUUCAUAUCCCACGGUCUUCAUAAUGGUUUAUUAAAAAAAUAACUUGAAGCAGAUCUCUAGAUUAGACUAGUUGUCUGAUUAAUUUGCUCAUAAAUUUGAAAUUAAAUCUUUUUACAUAUUUUGCUUUGCCCACUUCAGCCAAAGCAGCACACAUCUUAAGAAAGUAAUUUAGCUGUUCAAACUAAUUUUUAAACUUUGUUAUUUUAUUUCAUUUCAGCUCUCCUAAUAAUCCUAUUAGCAUUUGCCAUGAUAACAGCUCUUUUCGUCAUCAUAUGUUGCCGGAAAUAUCUGAAGGAAAAAAUAAUUUCAUGUCUCAUGUGUAAACCUGCCGAGAUAUGGGACUCCGAAACUUUAAGCUCAACAGGUAAAUAAUAAAUGUUUAUGUAUCAGAUGCUUCUAUAUUGAUAUUAAUUUAAGGUCUGAUUGAGAAAUUCUCAGUGCCCUUGAGAUCAUGGAACAUUCUGGAAGAGUCUGUUAACUAUAUGGUACCGGUAGUACCGGUAUAUUAAUUAUUUUGGGAUAUAAUAUAAGUGAAAGACAUUUACAUUACAUUGUGUGUUAAAGUUAAAGCUAGUGUAACUUUCAUCCCUUAUUGUAACAAAAUCCAUCUUCCAAAAGAAUAAUUAAUGUGUGCAAAGUUACAGUAUAAAUAAUUUCAAACAGUUCAUAAAAUGUUGAAAAUCUUUUGUUUUUCACCUUGAUUUGGUGAAAGUUUUGUAACCAUGACCAAAUUUCAAAUUUUAAUUCUCAGACACUAUUGAUAAAGAAAAAAUGGCUUCUCAUGGGAAAGAAUCUAUCCUUCAUGUCACUAACUACACCAGUGUGCCAGAUGGUGUUAGCAAAGCUUAUAGUACAAAGCCCAGGUGUCAGCAUCAGCUCAAAAAUAAUGCAAAGAAUGUUUUUGUCAAAGAUCAGCCGCAGCAUAGCUUGGAUUCGACUGAUUCUCCUUUGCUAAAGAAACAUAGUUUGAGUAAGACAAUAAAUAUUUUUUAAGAAAUUAAUCCAGGGGUUCUUAAACUUUUUGGGGUGUCACAUCCCAUCUUGACUUCAAAAUAUUUCCCACACCCUCUCAAUACAAAAUUUAAUUAAAAAUGUAAAUAACCCUAAUUUGCUGGCACUGCCUCUUGCACCCUGAUUAAGAACCCUUGACUUAAUGCAAAACCCUGGUCCAACUUUGGCACUUGACAUUUUUCUUUUAUUUCAUGCAAAACUGCAAUUAUUAUUUAAUGAAAAGUAUUAUGCCACCUACUAAAAUCAUCUACUUCGAAAAUAGUCUACAAAUAUAUGCGAAAUCUAAAUUGUGAUAAAAAAACGUAGUUGUUAAAUACUACAAAUGAAUUGAAAGAGUCUUGGAAUCAUUUAAACUCAGUUUUGCAUCACCUGAUUAACCUAUGAUAUUUUUUUUAUAUUUUGCAUUUUAUCAAGUUUUUUUGUGAAACAGAUGAAUCACUGUUUUAAUACCAGUUUAUAUUUUUUCACAUUUGAUUGUUUUAAUUAUUUUGGAUGUAUUCUGUUAGUAAAUGGAGUGCUCCAUUUUUGAAAAAAUAAAUUGUUAAAAUGGUGUCUUGUAUGCUUGAAAAAGUUAUUUUUUCCAUUUUUUUUCUUAGCCGAGACAGCCAACAGUAACCAGCGGGCCCUGAGGGAAAUGAUGAAUAAUAAAAAGUUUAUGAAGUUUAUUAAAAAACGCAUUGACCAAAUCCCAGACUCCAGUAAUGACAAACCAACUUACAGGGAUUUAGCCAAAUUCCUAGGAAUGGAGGAGAAUGAAAUAAGCAAUUUUGAGUAAGUACAGAUAACUCCACCAGAGUGAACAGCUAACUGCACGAUUCAUUAGGAACCUACUAUACAGUUCAUCAACACAGCUAUAGUUAAUAAAUGGGAAAUGAGUAAAAUAAAGUAUUGUAUGGUCAAACCUGAAAAAAGGAAUGCAACAAAACGACAAACGUGUCACCAGGAAGCCUUCGUCAGCAAACAUAUAACAGAAGAAAAAAAACAGACAAAAAUUUAAAAAUAGCACUUAGCUGAGGGCCCCAAUAAUUACCAUUUUAAAGUUAACAAACCUUUCCACUACAGCAGUGAUAUCCCAUGUUUUUGGGCUAAGCACCGCCAACAUGUUUGUGGAUCUUUUUUGGAGGGUUCAAAACCAAUGAGUUCCUAACCACAACUGUUCAAGUUGCAGAAUUAUAUAUUUGACACAAUUAAUUUAUUAUAAAUUUAAAGAUAAUGUUAUUUUAACUGUUGUUAUGAUAUAAAAAAUGCCAUCGUUGUUAAAAUAGCAUUUAUCUAACAUAUAUUAAGUUGUUAGCCAAUAAUUUCAAGUAAACUACAAUGCUGUCAAUGUGUUGACUUCCAGAUUUAAAUGUAAACAAGAGGGACAAAGUCCAACAGAGAACUUGCUGCAUGAUAUGAGAGCAAAUGGAGAUGGCAUUGACAGAUUUCUUUUAUUUCUAAAAAAUUUUAACAUUUGUGGUGAUCUUGAUAAAAUUGUACAACAUUAUAAUUUACCUUAGGUCAAAAGCUUUCUUGGCUGCAUUUUGUUAUAAUAUAAGAUACUGGACUUGAAUCUGAUGCUUUAUAAGAUGUUCCUGCUACAAUUGUAUUAUACCCGGUAAUAAGAAACUGGGCUUGAAACUAUUGC